UUUCUGUGAGUCGAUAUGAAAAACUGACUACCCCAUGUGACGACGUUGUCUGGGCUCAACCGCUUAUUGAGACUGACUGGAUUUGUUUACGGUAACUCGGCUUUGACUUGUCGUCUUGCCAAAUCGAUGUUUGACGGCAGUUGCGUUUGAAACGCUUGCAUCCAUGGAGUCCGAGUGGCGCUCCAAUCGCCUAGAACCACCGACGCUGCACAUUGACUCGCAUGCAUCGCGGUCUCUUGGGUGCCGCUGACGCCAGUGACGCCUCAGCUUAGAAGUCAAAGGAAAAGCGGUCGAACCCGCACGACAGAUCUUUUUGAAGUGCGGCGCGGCCAUGAAGCUGGAGGCGAGGAGGAGCUGCGUGGCCACGGCGCACCCGCCGCCGCCGCCGCUCAACAAUGGCACGGGGGAGCCCGGCUGCCCCGAUCAGAGCUCGGCGCUUAAAGCCAAAUUCACCAAGCAGAGCUCCAGGGAGAGCCUGCAACGGAACAACGCGGAGUGCGAAGUGUAUGACGACGGGACCAACACGUUUUUCUGGCGGGCCCACACCGUCACCGUUCUCUUCAUCCUGACCUGCGCUCUGGUGUACGUCACGCUGCUGGAGGAGACGCCGCAGGACACAGCGUUCAAUACCAAGAGGGGGAUUGUGGCCAGUAUCCUCGUGUUCCUCUGUUUUGGGGUCACACAAGCAAAAGAUGGACCCUUUACUCGUCCGCAUCCAGCCUACUGGCGCUUCUGGCUCUGUGUGACUGUCGUCUAUGAGCUCUUCCUCAUCUUCAUCCUCUUUCAGACGGUGCACGACGGGCGACAGUUCAUGAAGUACAUCGACCCCAAACUGGGCGUGCCCCUUCCCGAACGAGAUUACGGAGGGAAUUGCCUCUUCUACGAUCCGGGCAACACCACCGACCCGUUCCACAAUGUUUGGGACAAGAUGGACGGCUUUGUUCCGGCUCACUUCCUGGGGUGGUACAUCAAGACGCUGAUGAUUCGGGAUUGGUGGAUGUGCAUGAUCAUUAGUGUCAUGUUUGAGUUCCUGGAGUACAGCCUGGAGCACCAGCUGCCCAAUUUCUCUGAAUGCUGGUGGGACCAUUGGAUCAUGGACGUGCUCUUGUGUAACAGUCUUGGCAUCUACUGUGGCAUGAAGACGCUGGCCUGGCUAUCCAUGAAGCCUUACCAGUGGCAGGGCCUGUGGCAUAUUCCCACUUACAAGGGCAAGAUCAAGCGCAUCGCCUUCCAAUUCACUCCGUACAGCUGGGUGAAGUUCGAGUGGAAGCCGGCGUCCAACCUUCGUCGCUGGCUCGCCGUGUUAGGCAUCAUAUUCAUGUUCCUGCUGGCCGAGCUGAACACCUUCUACCUGAAGUUUGUGUUGUGGAUGCCUCCGGAACAUUACCUGGUGCUGCUGCGACUGGUGUUUUUUGUGAACGUGGGCGGCGUGGCCAUGAGGGAGAUCUACGACUUCAUGGACGACCCGAAGUUCUACAAGAAGCUGGGCCAGCAGGCGUGGCUGGUCGCGGCCAUCACCGUCACCGAGUUCCUCAUCGUGCUCAAGUACGACCCCAACACCAUCAUGCUGCCCAUUCCCUUCUUCAUCAUGGAGUGCUGGUUGCUGGGCCUCCUCAUCAUCCUCGUCUGGACGCUGUGGCGCUUCUUCAUUCGUGACAUCACCCUCCGCUACAAGGAGACGCGGCGGCGCAAGCAGGAGGAGCCCGCUGAGCGAGAGCGCCCCCUGGGCAACGGCGCCACCUCGGGCCGCAGCAAACUCAACGGCCUCUCUGACGCCGUGCGCCACAGGAAGUCCUGAGCGGGCGACUAAGACGGAACAAAGAACGACGCAAAGACACACACGGCCGCCGCGGCUAUUUUUUUGUUUUUUGUGAUUCGUACAUGGAACGUUUUCUUUAUUUAUAUGCAACGUUUUGGGACGAAGACGAUGGAGUUAGAAGAGCCCAAUCGAGUGCUGCAAGGGCGCUGAUGCUGUGCCCGCACAGUCCGGCGCGGGGCGUUUGCUCGGCGUCUGAACGACAUUUCCUGACAUUUAGCAAACAGGUUGUAAAAAGCGCCGUUCAGCUCCUCGUAGCAGAACUUGUGCAAAAAGUAGUAAAACACUGAACAGUUCACAGACAAGCGCUUUCAAAAGGUCAAAUUAAGUUGUUAUUUUUGCUUCAGCCUGAAACUUUACCUCAAAUCUGCGUGAGUAUUAAAGUAAACUUGACUUUGCUUCAAAGAAUUGUGUGAGGAAUUGUCCCCAAAUGUAAAAUGAGAACUACAGUUGGCUAAGUUACAAGCAGGAGUGGAGAAAAUGUAUCAUUCCUGUCUUGACAUGUGGCUCUGUUGUUACCCUCAACACUUAAUUUAGCUUGGGCAUAAUAAUAUGUAAAUGUUACGUAUCGUCUUCAUUGAUAUUCAGAAGAUGUGAUGAAGCUAAUCGAAAUAAAUCAUCUUUAUUGAAAUAUGAAUUUAUCUGGCAGACAUUUGGGCAUUGCACCAUUACGUCAGCUGCCUCUAGUUCUCAGUUAACUCAUUUUACAUUUGGAGAUCGAGUCUCAUGACACACCACCAAAGAAACAUCUCGAGGGUAGAUGAAAAACAAAACACAACUUGUGAUGACAUGAAUCAUGGUUUUCAAAACUGGAACUUUUUUUUCUGCUUCUCGCAAAUGAUUACUCACCUUACUUUUUAAUGUUGGGAAUCACUGGUUGAACGUUCCACUCCAGCUUUCUCUCCAAAGUCCUUCAGAUGCAUUUCAGCUUUAACCUCCCAAGUAUCUGCUGAAAGGUGUUAAGCUACUUAUAGUGUGGUCGGUAUCCUUUAGGGGCAAUUUCCUGUCGUUGUCGAAGACUAGAUUGUACAGUGUUAAAGAGCCAAACACCAUCAUGACAAUCGCACUCUGCUCAGCGGUUGUGGAAGCUUGCUUUAAACAUUUGGGCUUUUUUUUACAUUUGAAUAUGUUGUGGUUAAGCUAAAGAGGACGUGAUCAUACUUUUGAGCACCUGGGAGCCUUUUGUAAUGGUUGAGCUGAGGUUUUCCUUGUUGUGGGCUUAGCACGUAGGCAGGGUUACUUACGAAUGUGCUUCGCAAGGGCUCACCUUGCUCACACAAGGUGUCCUCUUACUUGAAUCAACAAUUCACGUCUGCUCACUUCACAGACCAAACGCUUGGAGAGCUUUUGUUGCUCAAGCCAUAAAACACAUUUAGACUUUUUCAAGUACCAAAUAUUUGCACCUUAUUUAGCUUCAUUACAUUCCGUAGCUGUGAGUCUUAUUCUGUUGUUCUAUUCCGUUGUUUACAGUUAGUCACCAUCGAACUUGCAAUAACAACCCUUUUUGCUAUUUUUAUUAUUUUGAAUGCUUUGUGUGUGGUAGUCAAUUUGGAUUUAAGUGAAGCCAUGAACAUUAAGUGUAAACAAAAUAGUAAUAGAAAAUCCUGAAUACUAAUUUGAUGUGUCGAAAGCCAAAUUCUGUUUUUUGUCUCCAUUUGUACACUGGUCAAAGAACGUAACUAGCCUGAGAGAUGCUGGUGUUGUUUUCAAUAAAAUACAACAAGCUCAAAGCUG